UUCACUUCAAAUUUCCAUAUUUUUCAUCAUGACUAGUACUACCAUUUCAUUCAACCACAACAACCAAAAAUCAAACAACAUUCAUCACCAAAAAGGACUCAUCAUUGAAGAAAUUGAAGGACUCAUAAAAGUCCACAAAGAUGGACAUGUAGAAAGACCACAAAUUAUCCCCAACGUCUCAUGCAAUUUUCCAUCACAAAAUGGUGUCAUUUCAAGAGACAUUACAAUCAACAAAGAAACUAAUUUAUGGGCACGUGUCUAUCUCCCAACAUCAACCUCCCAUAAUAACAAUAACAAGCUUCCUUUGCUUGUUUAUUUUCAUGGUGGUGGAUUUUGUGUUGGUUCUACUUCAUGGAUUUGUUACCAUGAAUUCUUAAACAACCUCGCUUCAAAAGCGAAUUGCGUUGUUGUCUCGGUUAACUAUCGUUUAGCCCCCGAAAACCGUCUUCCUUCUGCUUACGACGACGCUUUCAAUGCUCUCAUGUGGAUCAAACACGAAGCGGUAUAUAAUAAAAACCAAAGUUGGUGGUUGAAACAUUGCAACAUUUCUUCUCUUUUUCUAUGUGGUGAUAGUGCUGGAGCUAAUAUAGCUUACAAUGUUGUUGCUACGCGCUUAGCAUCAAAUUCAAACUCAAAUGCGUCGCAUUUGAACUUGAAUCCGUUAUUUUUAAAAGGUAUUAUAUUGAUCCAACCUUUUUUUGGAGGAGAAGAAAGGACAAAUUCCGAGAAAAAUCUUCGUCAACUACAAAAUUCAGCGCUUAGUUUAUCGGUUUCAGAUACCUAUUGGCGAUUAUCAUUACCCAAUGGAGUUUCGGUUUCGCGCGAUCAUCCAUAUUGUAAUCCUCUUGCACCAAGUGGAAUAUCUAAGAUGAGAGAUUUGAGGGUUCCUUCUAUUAUGAUAUGUGUUUCGGAAUUGGAUAUACUUCGAGAUAGAAAUUUGGAGUUCUCAAAUUGUUUGGUUAAAGCUGGGAAAAGAGUUGAAACUUAUGUUUAUAAAGAUGUUGGACAUGCUUUUCAAGUGUUGCAUAAUUAUCAACUUUCUCAUGUUAGGACUCAAGAAAUGGUGUCUCAUAUCAAGAACUUCAUGAAUCAAUAAUUUCUUGUUAUAUGCACACAUGUUUCUAAAAAAAAAAAAAGUAGAUGCUUGAAGCUUUUCUACAUGUAACUUAUGUGGAAAAGAAUUCAUAAAAUAAAUAGGGUCCUUGUUUUUGAAUAUUUUUAUUCUUUAGAAAUAUUGCCUUUAACGAAUAAGUGGCCAGUUCCAAAUUCGGUUAUUUCAAAGAGGAAUGUGACAGUCAAAGCAAUCUUUAAAAGGAAAGAUGCUUUACAAUAAGAUGUAAUGGUGGCAUACUCACAUAGGACCAUUAUGGGAGCACUUAAUACAUUAUUGGCAAUAUGGAGUAAGACUUCAAUCAUGCUAUACAUUAUUGGCUACAUGGAGUUAGACUUCAAUUAUAGGGGGCAAUUAUAGUAAAGCACUUUUGAAAUUAUUGUCUAACGUACACUUCUUUGCUUUUUUAUAACUACUAACAAACUUGUGCAUACGCAUGAGUUCUGUUCUG